GUCCUGCUCUCAUGUGGCUUUUGCGGCUUUCUCGAAAUUCUCCAAAUCAGAAACCGCGCAAGGAGCGAAGUGAAAGAGCGGCGGGGCUGAUCUCAGCUCGGUUUCACUUUCGUUUCAGAGAAACCGGCCGCCUGCCGCUAAAAGAGCCGCGGCUGUUCGUGGAAGCGGGGAGGAGCUCAGAGUAUAAAGUCAGCAGGAGUGUUUACCACGGCAUAACACACACACACACGCACACACACACACGCACCAGAGGAGGACACACUGAAGGGUGGAUCAAAUCACGACUGAGUCGGUCCCGAGCUUGCCAUCCAAAGUGCGGUGCGGUGCGGUGCGUCAGGGAUUUACCUGCAGGACGUUCACGCAUCUUGUCUUAUUUUUUUGGACUUCUUUGGGAUUACAGACAAACGGAUCUUUAAACAACCUGCUGUUGUUAGAACAAAACGAAUGUCAGUCUGGUGGUUAGAGAUGGGAGAGGGUCUGGGGCCGCUCUCCCCUGUAGGAUGGUAGCCGACAGCACUGUGGAAGGCCAUGACAAGACCCAUUUGUCAAGCUCCUCGUCGCCAUCGUCAUCCUCAUCAUCCUCAUCAUCCUCAUCAUCAUCCUCAUCAUCAUCUCCUCCGUCAUCACUGCUGUCCAGGCAGCUCGCUCUGAGCCCCCAACGCACCGAGUCCGAUCAGCUCCAGCGUCGUGCCGCUCCGGAUCCCAAACCGAGGUUGGCGUUCGUCCCCUCCGUGUAUCUGACCCACUUCCCUACCUUCUCCUGCAAGGAGGACUGCAAGGUCAUCACAGACACAGCGUCCAAGCUCGAGCGCAGCGCCUUCUACUGGGGCCCUCUGGGAGUGGAGGAGGCCCAUCGCAUGCUGCGGGACGCCCCGCUUGGCAGCUUCCUCAUCCGCGACAGCCGGCAGAAGGACGUCUUCUUCACGCUGUCCUACCACGCCAAGGGCGGGCCGGUCAGCGUGCGCAUCGACUACAAGCGGCAAAAGUUCUCACUGGCGGGCAACGAGCGCUCCUUCCCGUCGCUCUUCGCCCUCCUGGAGCAUUACGUCAAUUCUCCCAAGCGGCGCCUGAGCAUCCCGUACAGGAAAUGGGAGCCAACGCUGCAGGAGCUGUGCAGGAAACGCAUCAUAGGGCUGUGUGGCGGCGGAAGCCGAGUGCCAGAGCUGCCCCUCACCCAUGUUGUCCAAGACUUCCUGUUGGAGUUCCCUUACAAACUAUGACAGUCUUGCCAUUUAAAGUUCUGAUCGUGUUCUUUUUAAUUUCAAGAAGGCAGUUUUUACCAAGAAACAGUGAACAGAGGGAGUGUUUGUUGGAGGUUAA